AAUAUUUAAUAACAAUGUAAGAAUGAAUUAUAACUUAUAAGAACUUUUUAACCGAAAAUUGGAUUUGAAAGUGUCGCAUAAUGUAUAUUGUACAUUAUAAAUUAUAAUCUUCAAUUGAGUUAUCAAAUCUCAAUAGGGUUAUUAAUGAUUAUUAAUUGUUAUAUCCAUUAUUUUUGUUGAGUGAAACAAAAUUAUUAAUUAUUUUACUUUUUCAAUUAUUUUGAAAAGUGUAAAAAUGUUGGAAACGGAAGAUGUUUUUGAUGAGUGGUUUUUUAACUCAUUCAAGAGGUAUCAUAAGUUGCAAAUGUUUGGUGUGGAUAAACCUGUAUUGUCAAUGGAACUGAGUUGUAAUUCCUCAAUAUGUAUAGCAUGUGAAAAGCCUGAAGAAAAUGGUUUUGAAAUAUUGAAUUUAGAACUUCCAAACAAGCUUUACCAAAUUGAAAAUGAACACGAUUCAAUCAGCACAAGUAGAGAUUUGAAAAUCAAAUGUGGCACUUUAACUGAUAAUCAAUUAAUAGAUAUGAAAACUCUCUUUGGAAAAUCUAAAACAAUUUUGUCUGAAAAAGGAGUUAAUAAAGUUACAAUAUAUGAAAUGGAUCCUCAUAAAUCAGAUCAAAUGAUUCCGUUGGUGAAUAUUGAUAGCAAGGUAGAGAGUGGACAAUUAGCUGUUGAUUAUACUACCGAUACCUUAAUAAUUUGGGGAAAAGAAAACUCACACCACACAGGUUGUAUAUUUAACAUAGAAAACAAUAUGAAAACAUUCAUGAUCAGAGAUGUGCCCAAUGACCCAAUGUGCAUUUAUACUCCACAUUUUAUGUCUAAAAAUGAACUGGUCGUUCAAAAUUCUGAAAAUGGAUCAUUUGAUCUGUAUGAUUUAACUAGCGGUCAGCAUGUAAAAAAUGUUAAUUUACCUGAGUCUGAUCAUCAUGCAAAAUGGUUUUUAAACACCGCAUACACAAGUUCUAAAGAAAUAACCACGUUUAAUUUAGUAUUAAUUUCUAAUUCUGGCACUGUACUUACAUAUGAUUUAAGAAAUUGCAAAACUCCAUCAACUUAUCAAAAAGAAUUGUUUUCGAAAUGUAAUAAUAAUAUAAACAUAAGUAUUGAUCCUUAUAAUUCACAUAAUUAUGCUGUUAGUGGAUUUGACAGUAAUGUGUAUAUAAUAGAAAAAUCAAAUUGUAAUAGAAACUUUGUGUAUAAGUUUAAACACGAAGGACAUAUGUUUACUGAAGACGAAGAUUUAUGUCAAAAUACAAUUACAAGUAGUGCAUUAUGGUUACCAAUGUGUGGAAGUAACACACUGUUAUCGGCUGCAAGUGAUGGAUCAAUUCAAGGAUGGCAAUAUAUUUCAUAAAACAAAAAAUAAUAAUAAUUACAUUUUUAAUAUUGUAUAAAAAGUCUGGUAUAUUUAAAUACCCAAUUAACAAUUGGCAAAUUAAAAGUAAAAUUAUAUUAUAUUA